UCUCGAGGUCGACCAGCGCGGAGUCGGGGAGUCGGCCUCCGGGGCGGGACCCGUGACCUGGUCGGGGUUCGCCGCUGUUUGUCCGGUUUCGGACGGCCUGAGACGAUGGCCGGUCUCCUCUGCCGUCUGCUUCUGCUCCAGCUGCUGCUGGCUCCGACGCUGGCCUUCAACAUCACCGUGGAGACCGUGCUGAAGGCCGACGCGCAGGGACAGAUCGCCAGUCAGGAGUACUGGGACAAGUUCCGCGCCUUCAUGGAGCUGCUGAGCAAGGCGGACGCUGCCAACCGCACUAAGCUGCUGAGCAUCCCACACAUCCACGAGUUCCUGGUGCCUCCGCAACUGCUCUCGGCCGUCGCCGAGCACCUCUCCAACUCCACCUGGCUCUCGAAGCUGGGGGCCGAGUACCACGAGCGCGGCGGGCACGCCAUGGCGCCCCUCAUCGACGUGCUCACCAACCUGGGGAAGACGUCUGUCCUGCAUGAGGUCACAAUCCCGCGUGACGUGCUGGAGAAGCUGAUGUGGCGGGCGCUGGUGCGCCGCGAGCAGCAGGGUGCCCUCCGCAGCUGGGUCGGCCGCGCCGUCAGCACUUUCUUCAACAGCUCCGAGGCCCUGCGAAUGCAGCGCGCCGACUCCAGCCUCUUCGCCGACUACAUCCACAGUCUUUUCGAACUCGACUGGAUCCCACUGAAGGAGUUGUUGAUGGACACGCUGCAGCACCACAGUCUGCGUGCCAAGGUGGCGGCGGAGAUGGAGAAGGCGCGGAGGGGCGGGAAGGAGGCGGAGCCGCACGCCGUCGAUGAGGACGACCCCGAGCGCGACCCCGUCCUGUCCGAAUGGGACGGCGUCGAGGACAGGGACGUGCGGAUCGACGCCUGGUUCGGAGCUGGGAUUGCCAUCGGCCUGAAGCCGCUGCCGGUGGAGGACGACGUCGCGGAGAAGGGGGAAGAGCAAAAGGGCGCGGGAGAGAAGGAGGAGAAGCGGAAGGACGGGGAGGAUGAGAACGAAAAGAAAAAGGGCAGAGACGAGGGAGAGAAGAAGCAGAAGGACGAAUCGAAGUCCCCCGACGCAGUUCAUCCGAAGGUGGAGGGUCAGAAGCAGGAGGCGACAGCUGCGCCAGAGACGUCGGCAAAGACGCACGACGGGUCGAGAGGGCUUGAGAAGGGAGAAAGCGUCCAAACAAAAGGGCCGUAGGAGGAAGGAAGCCCAAAACAUGUAGAGACUGGAGAAGGAGGAGGAGGAAAGAAAUCCAGAUAGGUGGAGUUCUCUUUCUCCCUCUGUAGAGUAAGAUUGGAACUCAGGAUGGGUGGGGAGCAAAGGAGGAUGGCCAGCAAAACACAUGCUAAUCAAAGAUGGGAUCCACACCCGUCGUAGGCUACACCCCCUGCCACCAGGUUGGAUUCUGCCACAAGCAGUCUCUCACUUAAGCUCGAGCCAUUCCCUUACCCGAGCUGUCCAGGGGUUGUGGGCAGGGCAGGUCGUCUAAUCAGAUCAGGCAGGUCAUCUAAUCAGAUCAGGCAGGUCAUCUAAUCAGAUCAGGAAGGUCAUCUAAUCAGAUCAAGCAGGUCAUCUAAUCAGAUCAGGCAGGUCAUCUAAUCAGACCAGGUAGGUCAUCUACUCGGACCAGACAGGACAUAUAAUCAGAUAAGGCGGGUCAUCUACUCAGAUCAGGCAGGGCAUCCAAUGGCCGGAGCAGCCGCAUCCCGGCUUCAAGUGGUGGGAUCAGGUGGAGACACAGCGGCAGGGCGCGUUCGCAUCAGAUUUGUUAGAGGAUGUGGACUUUAUCUGUGCACCUCGCCCAGAACGUGUGGGCGUAGUUAUAAGUGGUGUAUAAUGCUUGAUUUGCACUGGAGGGAGUGUGGGAGAGGGCGCGAAGUUCUCGCAAACAGUCGCUAACCCUUAGCCUUAACUGGUUGACAAUGACGCACCGACGGCGUUGUGACCUUGUUUUGACUGCUGCGUGACUUCUGUAGUUUUUCUAUAUCAUCUUGUAUUGUUAGAUUAGCUGAUCUCUCUAAGGUGUAAAUAAUGCGUCAUACUUUGUUUGCGCUCCCUGCUUUCGCUCACUACUUUAACCACUUCGGCACACUACCACAAGGUUGAAAAAGAAACCCAGAUUAUAAUGAAAGCCUGCAAUGUGUAGCUGAUUUGUCCGACUACUGAGAACAAUAGCCACCGUAGAAAAUAAAGCACGUGGUACCUUAUGUCACAAAUAUGACAAAUAUCACACAGCGGCCUAGUGAAAGGGCCGCCAGCUAUAGGUUUGUACCUUGCCACCUCGUGAUAGCUGGGGACUGCCCCAGGCCUGCGCACCUCUGACUGUACCCCUGAACGCUCACAGCACCCGCUGAGUCCUGUGUGUGGUUCAGAAGCCUUAUCAUCUCCGUCCGUGCAUUGUGGGGAGUCCCGGCUCGAGCCGGUGCGCCGUGGGACUCGCGGUCCGAGCCGCGUCCGACAGCCGCGGGUCCGCCGGGGCCUGCCCGGGUCCCUGCGGGUCUACCAGGGACCGUCCGGGGUCCGUAAGGGGCCCACGCGGGCACCGCCCAGCCGACAGCGGCGAGGGCGGAAGCUGAACUGCGGGUUGGCCAUUGUGGAGUGAUGUGGUUCUGUUGCGGGGACGACGGGUCUGGAAUUUUGCCGGGAAGUGUCGACGCAAGACUGAUCAGUCACGACGCUAGAAUCCUGGUUAGUCCUGACGCCGGGGUCCUGAUCGGUCCCGACGUCGGGAUCCUGAUCAGUCCUGACGCCGGGAUCCUGAUCAGUCCCGACGCCGGGAUCCUGAUCAUUACCGACGCUGGAAUCCUGGUUAGUCCUGACGCCGGGAUCCUGAUCAGUCCUGCCACCGGUAUCCUGAACAGUCCUGACGCCGGGAUCCUGGUCAGUCAUGACACCGGGACCCUGCUCCUGAACGUCUGACAUCCGCUUGGACGGCGGCUCUUGACAUCAGGUCAGGAGGCAACGCCUGGCAUGAGCCCUGGCCCCGAAGCGCUGAAGCUUGCAAGCAUCGCAUCCUGGUGCCAGAAGCAUCAAAAGAUGCUGAAAAGGUGCAUCGCGCUGAAGCGCACUAUGCUACAGCUGGUGGUGAACUGGCUAAGCGCCCGAGACAUCAUGGCUGUACGCUGUCACGUGUUUAAUAUUCCAGUCGAUCGCUAGAAUCCCGGCUGCCGUUCGAGCGUCGCCUCACGGGGCCUCACACAUGUGGCCAGCAGUGAAUACACGAGUUUACGACAUG